UCUCUCUCUCUCUCUCUCUCUUUCUCUCUCUCUCCGGGGGUAGUUUGCGCUCCAUAUUCCAAAGCUUUUACGCCCUCCCCGCGCGGAAGCCUCCUGGAUGUACGCGCAAAGCUCCGACGCCUCUUUUGCACGCCGCCUGCAAAACUCACUCACUCUGUCCCUGACUUGAGUCUUCCCACCACGUCCUCCUUCUCCUUUCUUAUUUUUAUUAUUAAUAUAUUUUUUUUACCUAUUAUUUUUAUUUUGAACAUUUUUGUUUUGUUUUGUUUUUGCCUCCUCUUCUCGGAUACUAAUUUUGACGCGUUGGAUAUGUGCACACAAGAUGAUGACAACUCCUUUCCUGCCCGUAGAAGUAAAAUAAAAUAGGCUUUCGCGCACUCGAGCUUGUCCCCUGUCGUUCCAUAUGAAGAAGCCAAAAAUUCGGAUACGCGUCUUUGUCCAUUUACUGCUGCUGAUCGCGCUCAGGGUGCAUUCAAGUAAAUUUGACGUCAACCCAGUGACAGAUGACGUGUCGAGACUCUCAAUUUUGAAACAUAAUAUUCCCAAAGACUACAAAAUUCCUGUACAUUACGUUCCAAAGGAAGAGGGUGGGAUGUGCUGGGUCAAGCUCAACGUCUUCUACCUGGAGGAGAGUUUACAAGACUUAGCGCACAAGUUCGGCAACAUUUCGUCCAACAGAAAAGACAUUAGCAUAUUUAUCCAAAUGCUCCAAGAACUGCGGCUCAACAUGGGCUCCGUGGAGGCCGUGAUGUACGACUUUGAGUGCCACUACCACGAGGAGCGGUGGCCCACGGAGCAGUACUUUGAGUUCGUGUCCACGUUCCUGGCGAGUGCGCAGCACCCAGACGACUCGGACGACUGCGAGCCGCCUCCCUGCCCCAGCACGCCCCGCACGCAAACGCAACAAUAUUUAAAAGAAUUGCCGUCGUCCAGCAAUAAAAGCUCAGAGUGCGACGCGUCCACAGGCUGCCAAACACAUCAUGGAGCGCGUCUGCUUCCGGAGGUUGUGGAGCGAAGUCUCUUGUCUUUACUCUUUAUUCCGUUCCUGGCUCUCAUCCUGCUGCUCGUAUGGAAGCAGCUCAGGUCGCGACGGAGCAGCCAAGAUUUUCCGCAAACUCGCGGGGAAGGCGUCCUCUUCGCGGGAACAGAAGGGAGCGCGCCCCCGCUAGAGGCCCAAAUCACAGAAAAAAACAAGCUGACCGUGAUCGAAACUGUGUAAUGAAGCCAACAACCGCUUGAGUCGGUGAUGAAAAUGACAUUCCAUAGAGAAAAACAAAAGAAACAAAGACUGCUCUCUCUCUCUUCGAUGGGCACCAACUACGACCACCGUAUCCCCCCACGACCACCACCGACCUUUCUACUGUACCGAUACGCUUUCCCCUUUUCGCUUUAAGCCUUUGUUCGUUGAUUGAGGAGCGAGAAAGCAACAAGGAUGUUCUCGUUUAGAAAUCCGCGUCCCCACCCAAUAUUUCUUCUUCCUGCACUUUCUGGCCUUGUCAUAAACUUCAAGCAAAAGGAUGAAAACGCCAGAUUGUAACCACGUCAACGGCACCCCCCCGUCCCCCCAGUUCCCCCAGUUCCCUCCACUCACUGGAUGUCCUCCCUUCUUCCCUUCAAGAUCAUCAUCUCUAUUUUGGUCCCCCUUUGUGGGUCUUGUAUGAUCUAUAUUUAUUUAUUGCCACACAUUCCGCCGAGGAGCUACGCGGGACUGUCGGGUUAAGGCGCGGGUCGGGGAAAAAAAAAAAAAUCACAUGACACAGGGAAACGGAAUACUUUGGCGUACGGUGGAACCUUCAAAACACUUUUGCAAGUGCAAAUAUGGUAUCAUAAAAUGAACGCGUUGAACACUUUUGGCUUUUCAUAACAGCUGGUAAGUCCCCUGUAGAGUGAAAAUAAAUGUCAGGUUCUCCGUCUUUUGCACGUUUGCACCAAUUAUCUUCAGUAUCAUCUAUUUUGAAAAUUAAUUUUACAGGCUCUUUAAGUCAUAUCAUAGCAUAAAAAAAGACGUUAACUUCAUUUUAUAGUUUAAAGCAAUGCCUGUAGGAGAAAAAAAAUGUAAAUAAUCUUUACUGCGUCUAACUGUUGAAACAAUAUGCGGUGUGACGAUAAAGGAACGAGGCUACAGAAGGCAGUUGUAGCGCGAGCGUGGAUGCUAGCGCGCUUUUGGCUUCGUUAUUGUCGCUGCGCAAUCUGCUGUCUUGCUGCUUCUGGACGAGGCGUCGCUAACCUGUUAUAUUCUUCUUCGGUCCUUUGACGCUCGCUCGCUCGCUAGCUGGACUUGGAAUGCCGCUUUGGAGGUUCCACUGUAUUCAAACGCAAGCUAAGCUGAUAUGCUAACUAUGAAAUAAAGGGGUCAGGAACACUCGUUCGCGCCUUUAGCCUAGCAUUAGCCGAAUGAUGUACAUGGUUGAAACAAAAAAAAAAAACACACAAAACACCCUCCUUUUUUCUUUUUUUUUCCCUAUUUUUUGAUAAAAUGUUGCCUUUGAGUCACAAGUAAACGGUCUGACUCCCGUCAAAGCCGAAAAGCUACGUCAAUUAUCGUAGCGGCAGAGGAGGCUAACCGUAUAAAACGUCGACUCUGGGAGGCUGCCGUGGGGCGAACGAACAGCAGACGUCUUCAUCCUUCCAGCCAUCCAUUUGCUUCCACUUCCCCUGGUGCGCCCAAAACGAACGGCGCUCAGAAAAACUCACAAAACACGAGUCGGCGUUUCGGAUUUACGCGCACACGGUACAGAACGCAACGUUUUGGAGGCGAUUUAUGGCCUCAAAAUUGUAAUUCGUGUAAGAGGAUGGAAACAUAUUGCAGUUUAUUCAAAAUUUCAUUUUUUUUUUUAUCCAGAAUUUGUUAAAUGAUUUUAAUUUAAAGGUGGUUCAUGGAAACGACAUUUAAAAAGUUCACCUGACAAUGGCCUAGACAUUAAAUAUUAAUUUCUCUCCCAAAUUUUGAUUCAAAAUGCUAAAAGAAAUAUGUUAAAUAAAUGUAAAAAGAAAAACAAACACAUUAACAUAUAUAUUAAAUGUACGUUGGGUGGCAACCAGCUGAGGGUGUACCCCGCCUCCUGCCCCAUGACAGCUGGGAUUGGCUCCAGCACUCCCCGCGACCCUUGUGAGGAUAAGCGGCUCAGAAAAUGGUAAAAAAAAAAAUUAUAUAUAUACUAAUUACUGAAAUUGUAAAAAAAAAAAAAAAAAAGGAAUUGGGAAAAUUGUCCAUGAUGGUGUCAGGUAUUCUCAAAAUGUUACAAACACAUUACAUACAUAUAUAUAUUUAUUGUAUAUUGUAUUUACUGGUCUCAUUGAACUCAUGUAAAUAAAUAUGAAAUAAAAGUUUAAUUAAAAAAAAAUAUGUUGACAUUUCAUCAAAUUUAACUUAAAUCAUCCAUGAUCAGGUACUGACUCAUUGGCCGUACGAUGGCCCAACUGGUUAGAGCGACAGCCUCACAGUUCUGAGGACCGGGGUUCAAAUCCCGGCUCCGCCCUUGUGGAGUUUGCACAUUCUCCCCAUGCCUGGGUGGGUUUUCUCCGGGCACACCGGUUUCCUCCCACACCCCAAAAACAUGCUAACAGGCUAACUGAAGACUCUAAAUUGCCGCCAGGUGUGAAUGUCAAUGUUUAUUCACACGUGCCCUGCGACUGGCCGGCGACCAGUUCAGGGUGUGCCCUGCCUCUCGCCCAAAAGAUAGCUGGGAUAGGCUUCAGACUGCCCUCGACCUUCGUGAGGACAAGCGCUUGGAAAAAUGGAUGGAUGGAUGGAUUAUAUUUCAUGUUCAAUCAGAAUUUCGAAAAGUUUUGAAAUCAUGAGUCAAAGUCGGUCAUCAAAAGAUGAAACAGUUAUGACUCAUCUACCGUAAUUCCUGGCCUACAGAGCGCACCUCAUUAUAAGCUUCGGCACGCUAGCGCAAAACUCUUUCUGUGUACCGAAGCUUAUAACCAGGUGCGCUAACGCCAGCACGGCGCUGACGCUAACGCCGUGCUAACUCUACCACACUAGCGUUAAACUCUUUCUGUGUACCGAGGCUUAUAACCAGGUGCGCUAACGCCAGCACGGCGCUGACGCUAGCGCCGUGCUAACUCUACCACACUAGCGUUAAACUCUUUCUGUGUACCGAGGCUUCUAACCAGGUGCGCUAACGCCAGCGCAGCAUCACCGCAUUAACCGCAGGCUUGAAAGCGUGUGAAAAAAAGUCACAGCUUGUAGGCCGGAAAUUACAGUACUUUUGACUUGAAUUCAAAAUCAAAUGGAUGCAUUUUCAAUUAUAAAUCAAAUUAUUUUUCACAAAUAAUCACAAUUGAAAUCAAAAUAGAAACAGGCACUGUCAAAGGAGGGUUGAGGCUUCUUUGGAUUUAAGGAACAUCGCUAUUAUGCAUCUCUCAUCAAAAAUUUUUCAUUCCCAUGACAACAGAAUCCUCAAUCAUCACCAAAUGGAUCAAGUUCUCUUUGUGUUUCUGUCCACAUGUAGCCGUGUCACUUUUGUUUGAUUGGACGGACGCUUAACAUGCUCUGAACUCGCGUUUCCUGCUUCAAAUGAUUGUUAUGACCCACCCCUGUUAAAUUUUUUUUUUCUGCAGCAAUUAUGUUUACAGGCUAAUUUAUAUUUCAGCAUAAAAGGGCCAAGAACUUCACAAAAUGUAUAUUUAAGCACUGAUAAGAAUUAAAUGAUCUAGAAAUCAAUUUGACGCGCAACAUAUGCAUGAGGGGUGGAGGGGGGGGGGGUCACCACAAACAAAGCCAUCAGAAUUUUUAAGAAAAUUCCUUGAAUUUCAAACUUUAACAAUGGACCGUUCCGACUGGCGAUCUUCAGCUCUCCCCCCCUUAGCUACAGUUGCCAUGCCCCACAAUCUUCCAAAAUGGCAACUGAACAUAACAGGUUUGAACUGGAUUCUCUAUCGUGUAUAUAAUAUCGGGGUAUGUUUUUUUUCCCAAAUGCGUCAGGGUUGUCCCAGAGAGUUCUACAGAGAGGUCUCAACUAUUUCACGCAAGGAUACGUACACGGAAUUAAGAUUUUGGACGGAGCGUGACGCAAUGUCAGAGUUACAGUCAAACGUUGCCGAUCAACGCAAAAACGUUUGAUGCCUCACAAACUUUUGUUAUUAUUUACUAUUGUUCACAUAUAGUUUUACGUGCGCUCUUCCGCGGACCUUAAUCCAUCGUAGACACUUCGUCAGAUGUGUUUUAGGCUUUGAAAAAUGAAUCAACCGGGCCUCUUGUAAGGUAGCAGGAUAUCUUUCAUCAGAAUUGCGCAUCUGAGGACCAUUUUCUUUGUGACAUUAACUUUUCCAAGCGCCCGCUACUGACAACCAGCAUUGCUUGUGGGACAACAUGGCGGCAGGGGCGUGUCAAGCCAGGGAUUAAGACAAUGCGGCUAUCCGAUUGGCUAUUAUUGUACGAGUGAUUGACAGCUCGGAAAGGUCCAUUGGCCAAUUUGACCCACAGCAAUUUUGUUGUUUUACAUUUUGUACCUUUUUGACGAAUUUUUGUGAACAAGUGAACAAGUUGCAUCCUUUUUUUUGGUCACAUUCAAAACAUACGUUCAUUAACCUUAUAACUGGACCAUAGUACCAGCGACAUACAGUAUGCAUGUUAAACCAGCAUAACACAUUUCAUCCUUUUUUUUUUUUUUCUUUUUUUUAUAUUUUGCCCGGAGUUGUAUACGUCACUAAGGGUCAUUUUGAUCCGAAGCUUAACGGGAGCAUUAAUGAAUAAUCGGUUCUACAGAAAUGUUAUCGUUGUCAAUUAAUGGAUUUCUUGCUCACCUUUGCAAUGUGUUCACAAACUAUUUAGCGCAUUUGUGAUGAUCUUAGCAUCGGAGCUCGUUCAUCCUGGAGUGUUCUGACCACAGAUGCGACUGCUACAGUUCCCUGGUUCCCCCCCCCCCCCCCCCCUCGUCGCGACCGACCUCAC